UAAAGAAAAAAAAAAUCAUCAACAAUCUCCAGGUGGAGCACUUCUUCCCUGCCUAAAACUAAAAGGGGCUCCUGGUGGGGGAUUGGCUCAGCCUGCAAGACAGCAAUAUGUGCAAAAGCAUAACAUCCAGAGCAGUGCUGGUGGGCAGCUCAGACUGAGGACCUGGGCGUUCAGCAAUUUGUAGGAUUCAGAUCAGUGGAAAGGAUCAGUGAUCUCUCUCUCUCCAGAGCCGUCAAGAGAGAACACCCCCCUCCUCUUCUCCAGGGAGUCCCUCUUACUCCUGGGUUUCAGAUGUCCACCGCUGCCUGACCCCUUGCAAGCAGGCUGCCCACAAGAGACAUCCCACCCCUGGGCUGCAAUCACUGACAUUUACUCUGCAGCUCCACUCUCAUCUCCAGGCUGACAAUUAGCCCAGUGAGGAUUUCUCUGCAGCCUGGAACAGAGAGCAGAGGGAGGGGGGGUUAAUACAGAUUAGACUUUUUUUUUUUUUUUUUGGGGUGGGGGGGUGAGUUGAACAUGUCAUUGUUUUCCAGGCACUGCUGCAGACUUCAACAUGUUGGGAGAAGCUGCCGGGAAAGUGUGUGCAUGAAGUAGGAGCAGCCAGGACAGUCAUCCAGCAGCAGCAGCAGCAGCAGCAUCUUCUCCUCCAGGACGACUUCAUCCACUGCCCUACCAGGAGCCUACCAGGAGCAUUAGAGGUCCACAGCCUGGGAUGGUCUUAUUCUGAGUUAUGGAUGUUAGUGCCAUAGGAGCCAGCUCUGUGGGUGCCUGAGCACCUCCCAUACUUGUGCUACCACUAUCCAAGUCUAGUCCUGAGGAAGGGCAUCCGCAAUCAUUUUGAAGAGUUGGUGCACAGGACAGAGAGUGGCCAGCAGUUCCCAGCUAACCCCAAACCGGAUUUUAUAUUUCCAUUAUGUUUCUUUCCAUGAGGCAUUUUCUGAAGCCCUCAGCCUCAGUACAAUGUGCAAAUGGAUACUGACACAUGGUGCCCCAGGCUGGUCUUACCUGCCCCGCUCCUGGCUACUCUUCUUCUUGGUCUACCUGUUGUCUGUCACCUGCAAUGAGGUCGGGGGCAUGGACCCGUUGCGCCCCCAGGAGCUCUCCUCCAACACAUCCUCUGGGAGACAUGUGCGAAGUUACAACCACCUCCAGGGUGAUGUGCGCUGCAGGAAACUCUUCUCCUUCCACAAAUACUUCCUCAAGAUCGAUGACAGUGGGAGAGUUAGUGGCACCAAGAAGGAUGACUGCCCUUACAGUAUAUUGGAGAUAACAUCUGUGGACGUGGGGGUCGUAGCAGUAAAAUCCGUUAACAGCAAUUAUUAUUUAGCCAUGAACAAACGAGGCAAAGUCUAUGGCUCCAAAGAAUUUAAUAUAGACUGUAAACUAAAGGAGCGGAUAGAGGAAAAUGGCUAUAACACGUAUGCAUCGCUUACUUGGAAGAAUAAUGCGAGACAAAUGUUUGUGGCACUAAAUGGUAAAGGAACUCCGAAAAGAGGCCCGAAAACGAAGAGGAAAAGCACUAACGCUCACUUUCUCCCCAUUCCUCUUUAACUUAAGAUGAAGGAUUUGCUGCAUUUAAACUGAUGUCUUGUGAAGACCAUUCUAAGGACCUUCCACAGUUGCCUUUUUUGUAAGCAAAAGACAGAAGAGACUGCAAGACCAUGAGUGUACUAGGACAAUCGAAGGACGUCUUGUUUCUACGGUGUUAUAAAAGUGACUCUGGCCAGGCCGCAUGCGGGACAUUGAAAGCUAACCGCCCAUUUGAAGAAUGUUUUAUUAUUUGUACAAUACAAUUUAAAGGAUGUGAGACAAUCAGAGAGAUGAUCUUCUGAGAAAGUUAUUUAUGGAAUUCUAACUCAAAUCAAAGAUAUUCAUUGCUCAUUUGGGCCCAAUGAUCCAAUGAUCAAUUAGACGCGUGAGAAAUUACUGGAAGCACUUGGGUCAAAAACUACAACAGUAAUGGAUUUUUCCGAUGAGACAUCCAGAAGAAUGUAUAGGAUUUGCAUAAACAUGUUCAACCCGUUCUAAAAAUGAAUAUUGUGGUAUGCCUGUGUAUCCUACCUUCUCCCCCCUUUUUUCCUAUUCUUUGUAAGUUAUUUAUUUAAUAGAAUGUUUAAUAUGUCUCUUCAGUGUUUGAGUGGUGUGUCUACAAUUUUGCAUCUGUUUUAAUCUCAGCAUCAUAGAGAGAUUGUUGUGACUGUAUAAACAUUGUAAUACAUGACAAUGCCUCUAGAAAUUGGAAAAAAAAGUGAAGGCAUAUUUACAUUGGAAAUUAGAAAACAGUUGAUUGUAUUGGCGUUUUAAGUAAAUAAGACGGUCUACCAGAAGGCCUUGACACUAAAGGACAGAUGAGUUAUAGAAUAAAAAGCUGGGUGACGGCUUAAUAAGUUGUUUUUUUUUCACUCCUUGUGGCAGAAAGUUACUCAUAAUAGUAUGACAUUAACAAUUAUCAUUUACAAAAAUGUAUGUUUCUCUACCACGGUCAUUAUAUAGUUAGGGUUAAAAAGAAAAAAAAAGGGACUGACUGGGCCAUGUUAAUUGACCGGAAUUACAGCUGUCACCAGGAUAAGGAAAGAAUUUAAUUGAAGAAGUUAAUUGAUGGGAUAUUAUAUACAUCGAUUGCUUUGAGAUUGGCAGCAUUUUAUGGCUGUGCUGUAAAAUCAUCAUCCGAAGAUGUCACACACAAUAUCUCAUUGACAUCCUAUAGUUCAAAGGAUGUUUUUGCACACAGCCUAUGUAAAGACGUGUUAUGGAUCAGUUCAGUAUUAGUUUGUCACAGAAGUUACAGCUGACUUGAUUGUGGAUGGAUCAUAAUAUUCUAAUUGUGGCAGGAAUGAUAUUGGAUUCAUAUUUACCGCUUUUCCUAUAGUACAGUAUGUACCUUUUUUGGAUUAUCUAAGCCACUUGUCUCAAUUGUAGAUAUAUGAUAUAUAAUGCCUGCUUUAAAAGAUGGAGUUCACAUUUAUGAGUACUUAUAGUCAAGAUUCUACUGUAAAGUGAAACCAUUCUAGAACACCCAGGUGGAUUAUCUGUAUUAAGGCACAGUUGGUGACUCUUCUCGGGAAUCAAAUAUACUGUAAAUAAUUUUAAGAAAACAUGCCACUAAGCUAAAACAGCCAAAUAAUUCCAAUUAUACACAUUAAGUACUUUAUUAAACUUGGCAAAGAAUUUAUCUUGGUAGUUGCUACGGACUACUAAGGUAUUUACUACAGACAAUAUCUUUCCAGUGGAAGAUGUAUCAAGCAGUGAAAACAGCUGAGAAGUGGACCAAUGGAGAGGUUGUCCCAGCAACCAAUCACCUUUGAGAUUGUAGGUAUAAAGUACAUUCUGUAAAAUUAUAGGUAUAAGUUGAUUGGUUGCUAUGGGUAAUGUCGCCACCCUUCCCCCUGCUUGAAACAUCUCCCCCCCGGUCACUGUUUAUUUCCAAUCAUUAGCAGAUUAAUUACAAAUUAUGAUUAGGACUUGCAGUACAUCCCUUGGAUACAAACGUUUUUUAAAAACAGUUUUAAAAUAUAUCCUGAUACUUCCUUUUUUUUUUAUUUAAAGGUUUACAUUUAAAAAAAAAAAAAAAAAAACAACAACACCAUACAAAGAAAAAUGAAAUGAACAUUACAAUAUUUUCCCACUCUGGGGCAUAUUUAAUUGUGAGUAGAGUUUUGGGAAAAAAAACCUCGGGGCAGGUUUUUUCCCCGCAGCCGCAGACUUUUUCCUAUACAAAUGCAGGAGAGAAAAGGAGACGUAAUGAUUUCUAUAGAAAUCAUCACAUCUUUUUUUUUUGCACCCCCAGAGCAAUUCUGAAUUUUCUUAAAAUCGUAAUUUUUAGGAAAAAUCAUUGGAAAAUGCUCUGGAACCCCUUGGAGCCCCCAAUGACUAAUUAAGUAAUUUAAAAUUUCCAAUUAAUUAAUUAGUUCAUAAUUACUCACUUUCUGAAGUGGUGUCUUCUUCCUCCAGCCUGUCAGGAUCUUCUGGUCUUCUACAGCAGCAGCAGCAGUGUGUGAAUAUGUGUGACACCCCUCUCAGGUCUGUGACCCCCAGUGUGUGUGUGUGUGUGUAUGUGACCCCCGGUGUGUGUAUGUGACCCCCCUUCCCCCAUGUGUGUGAACCCCCCCUAUGUGUAUGGAGGCAGCAGAAGGGAGAACUACAUCUCCCAGCAGCCAUCUCCGCUCCCAGCAGCCACAUCUCCUACCAGCAACCACCUCCCCUCUCGUCUUUUAAAGAGGGAGGGGAGAUGACCGGGAGCCAUGGAGACCUCCAGACUGGCAGGAACACGCAGGUCAGUCUAGGACUUUUUUUUCCCUUGCCCAGCAGGGAAUUUGGCCACAAAAAAACCCUCAACCAUUUUUUUUUAAAUUGAAUACCGCAGGUAUCGGGAGCACACAUACCCGUGGUAAUCCAAAAUUGGCCACAAGUUCCGCAAGGUUUUCUUACGGCCAUAACCGCCCCCCUAAUUGGAUACUCCCCUAUGUGUUCAUUCUGUUUUCGCAUGUUUUUAAAAUUAAUAAAUUCAAUAUAUGUGUCCUGGGAGGGCACUAAAUAUUGUAACUUGAAAUUCCGACACCACAGUCAUAGUGAAUGUGCCUCAUCAACGGUCAUUGAUAGUCCCUUUCUUACAUGAUGCAAACCAUUAAUCCCAAUGUUUCCAUAGAUCAGAACUUCAAUGAUGAGAAAGGAGAACACUACUCCUGCUUAUUCCAAGGGGAACAAAGACAAUUACCUAUUUACUUCAAUCAAAUUUAUAAACUCAUUUUGUCAUCUUAUAUAUUUCUAGAAAACAAAAAAAAAAUGUAGACAUCCCCUUAAACAAGUAUCAUUUUUGUAAAACAGUGUCCUUGUUGUUACAACAGAUACAGACGUUCUUCUAUACAUACCAUGGGCUUCACAUUGUAUUCCACAAAAUAAAAUUCUACCCUAAGUGUCUCUUAUAGUGUCCUAGUAAAAUUAAUGUAGUCUAAUAAUAUUAUUUUGUUCAAAACACUUUACGUGAUAAUAUGAGUUUAUAUUGAUGCUGCAGUUUUAUGUUCAAAUUUCUUGUAAAAAAAAAAAAAAAGAAAAAUGAAAAAAAAAAAAGUAUGUUUUAUUUUUAACCUUUGGAAACUGUAUUUUGGUACAAAUGAGAUACUUACUAAUGUGCCUUUUUACUCAAAAUGUAACCACUAGAAAUACUGGUCUUUAGUGGUUUUAUAAGUUAUUUUGUCAAUGCUUUUUACCAGCACUUCCAAUGUAAAAUCUUUUAUUUAAAUAUUAGCUGUUUAAAAAGGAGCUUUCCCUUAAAUUGCAAAUGGUUAGAUUGUGCCGUCUUCCUCAAUAAAGCUGUUAACAUAAGCUUGUUUGUAGAGUCAGUAUACAGUUAAUCAUGCCUGUU